AUGAUAUUAGGUGAAAGGAACUUGCUUGAACUGAGUGGAAAAGAUCAUAACAGAGUUAGAGGUGCACUUGUCUCGUUCUUGAAGCCGGAAUCUUUGAAACACUAUGUUGGUAAAAUUGAUGAAGAGGUUAGGAGCCACCUUCAGAUGCAUUGGGAAGGGAAGCAGCAGGUCAAGGUAUUGCCCCUGAUGAAGACUCUGACAUUCAACAUAAUUUUCUCUCUUUUGUUUGGUCUUGAGAGUGGAAAACAAAGAGAUCAACUUAUGAAUCCCUUCCGAGCAUUGAUUAAAGGAGUGUGGUCAGUCCCAAUCAAUAUACCCUUCACAAGCUACAACCGCAACCUCAGGGAAAGUGAAAGGAUACAAAACUUGUUGAAGGAGAUUGUGCGCCAGAAGAAGGUUGAACAUGAGAAAAAUGACACAAAUUCUCGCCAAGACUUAAUUAGUUGCUUCCUUAGCAUGGUUGGAGAUGAUAAACAAGUUUUGACUGAGAAGGAAAUCAUCCAUAAUGCUAUGCUUGUCAUGGUCGUGGGGCAUGACACGUCAGCUAUUCUAAUCACUUUCAUUAUCCGGAUCUUGGGUAACGAUCCGGAUAUUUGUGCAACUGUUCUUCAAGAACAGGAAGAAAUAGAAAAAGGCAAGCUCUUGGGAGAGGCUUUAAUAUGGGAGGACAUUUGA